AUGGCACCCACACUCGCCACUGCCCAUCGCCGGCGCUGGUGGAUGGCGUUCACAGCCAUCAUUGAGAACCUGCUCUUCUCUGCUGUCCUGCUGGGCUGGGGCUCCCUCCUCAUCAUGCUGAAAGCAGAAGGGUUUUAUUCCUACCUGUGCCAUGAGACAGAUAACAUGAGAGUUGAUAACAGCCCUGAACACGUGAACAGCACAGCUGAGCUCCAGUGGCCUUCCUGCAACGCCCAGGACGAAAUGCUGAACUUGGCCUUCACCAUCGGGUCCUUCCUGCUCAGUGCCAUCACGCUGCCCCUGGGGAUUGUCAUGGACAAGUACGGCCCUCGCAAGCUGCGGCUCCUGGGCAGUGCCUGCUUUGCUGUGUCCUGUGUGCUGAUCGCGUAUGGUGCCAGUAACCCAGACUCUCUGUCUGUGCUGAUAUUCAUUGCACUGGCUCUGAAUGGCUUUGGUGGGAUGUGCAUGACCUUCACAUCGCUUACGCUGCCCAACAUGUUUGGUGACCUUCGUUCCACGUUCAUUGCUCUGAUGAUUGGCUCCUAUGCUUCCUCUGCUGUGACUUUUCCAGGAAUCAAGGUUAUAUAUGACUUAGGGGUCUCCUUCAUCCUUAUUCUGCUUGUCUGGGCAAGCUGUGCAGGACUAGUUUUCCUCAACUGCUUCUUCAACUGGCCACUGGAGCCUUUCCCAGGACCAGAAGAUAUGGACUAUUCGGUGAAAAUAAAGUUCAGCUGGCUGGGAUUUGACCACAAAAUCACUGGGAAGCAGUUUUACAAGCAAGUAACGACUGUGGGGCGCCGUCUCAGUGUGGGGAGCUCCAUGAAGGGCCCCAAGGAGCCGACAGCCUUGCAAGAGAACAACAAGCUCUGUCUGUCUACGGUGGACCUAGAAGUGAAGUGCCAGCCUGACAAUGCAGCUACUCCCUCCUUCAUGAAGAGUGUCUUCAGUCCCAUCUUGUUGCUCAGCCUUAUCACCAUGUGUGUCACUCAGCUGCGGCUCAUCUUCUACAUGGGAGCCAUGAAUACCAUCCUUGAGUUUCUGUCUGGAGACAGCGAUCAAGUGGCUCUCUACACUUCCAUUUUUGGGGUAUUGCAACUACUGUGCCUGCUGACAGCGCCCGUGAUCGGGUACAUCAUGGACUGGCGACUGAAAGAAUGUGAUGAUGGCUCAGAAGAGAACGAGGAGAACAACGCCGAGCAAAGUGACAAGAAAAAGAAAAAACGUGAUCGUCAGAUCCAGAAAAUCACCAAUGCCACCAAUGCCUUUGCAUUCACAAAUGUCCUGCUGGUCGGAUUUGGAAUCACCUGUCUUAUUCCUAAUCUACCGUUGCAGAUUCUUUCCUUCAUUUUGCACACAAUCGUGAGAGGAUUCAUCCACUCGGCUGUGGGAGGCCUGUAUGCAGCUGUAUACCCCUCUACUCAGUUUGGCAGCUUGACAGGGUUGCAGUCGUUGAUCAGCGCCCUUUUUGCCCUUCUGCAGCAGCCUCUUUUUAUGGCACUGACGGGACCUUUGGAAGGAGACCCUCUCUGGGUGAACGUUGGCUUGCUUGGUGUGAGCCUCCUGGGUUUCUGCCUCCCGAUCUACCUGGUCUGCUACAGACGCAGGCUAGAGAGAGAAAAGCAGCAGAAAAUGGAUGAUGCCAAACUCUUCUUCAAAAUCAACGGCACUCCCAAUGAAGAAGCCUUUGUUUAAGCUGGUGCUUCAGAUACAACCUCCCCUGUACAGGUUCCGACCACAUCCGUGGGUUCUACCUGUGGUGUAAGACAGGCGUUUUCCCUCCGGGCUCUGCUGGUCUUUGCUCCUCACUGGAGUGAGGGCUGGACAUCAUGACUGAGCUUCCCUGAGAUAUAUGUCAGGAGGAGACUUCCCACUCCUUACUCCAGAACACAAGA